GAGUUUACGGAGAUGCGGCUCAUACAAACCAUCCACGCGCACGAGGAUGCCGUGUGGACGAUGAAGUUUUCGCACACGGGCGAGUACCUGGCCACCGCGGGGCAGGACAGGAUCGUGCGGGUUUGGGCGCUCGACAGGGAGGACGGCGCGCGGAACAUCUUAAAGCCCGAGCCGUUCAGGGAGUACGCCGGGCACAAAGGGGACAUCCUCGACCUGUGCUGGAGCCACACCGACUGGCUCUUGUCUUCGAGCAUGGACAAGACUGUUCGGCUGUGGUACAUGACCAUGGACGAGUGCCUGCGGAUCUUUUCGCACCAGGACUUCGUCACCGCGAUCGCCUUUAACCCCGUGAACGACAAGUACUUCCUCUCCGGGUCUUUGGAUGGCAAGCUUCGGUUUUGGAACAUCCCCGAUCACAGGGUCGCCGACUGGGUCGACAUAGGCGAGAUGGUCACCGCGGCUUCGUUCAACAGCGACGGAUCGACCGCCGUCGCCGGGUCGUACAAGGGAAAGUGCCACUUCUACCGCAUGGACGGCGUGAGGUUUGACUACAUCACCCACCUGGAUGUCAGAAACACCAAGAGCAACAAGGCUUCGGGGAAGAAAAUCACCGGACUGUCGUGGAUGCCGGGCGACGACAACAAGCUGCUGGUCACGUCCAACGACUCCCGCAUCAGGGUGUACGACGGAUACACCCUCGCGUGCAAGUACAAGGGCCACAAGAACAACAACUCGCAGAUUCGCGCCUCGUUUUCCCCAGGCGCCGAGUUCAUCGUGUGCGGCAGCGAGGACGAGCACGUGUACGUCUGGUCCACCGUCAACUCGUUCGUGCCGUCCAUCAACCCGAUAUACACGGGAUACAGGCGAGACAAGCACUCGUCCUACGAGCAAUUCGCCGCGCAGCACGACAUCGCCACCGUCGCGCUCUUCGCGCCCGAC